AUGAAAGACCAGAUCUGUAUUACCGUGUUUAGUUCUGAAUUAGGGAUGCCAAUUUCUGCCUCAGGAUUGUUCCUGAUGGUUUGGGCAGAACUCCGUAUCUCCAAAGACUUCUGUGUCCACAACGUGACUAACCAGUAACAGAGUAUGCUGAUAUGUUUCGGCUGGGGCAUUGUCAAAGUAGUACCUGUCAGUCCUACUAACACAUUUAAAUAGCCCCAAGAGCAAGGUAUUCUAAUAACCAGUAAAGUCCAUUUGUGAGUUAAUAUUGUUCUGUAUGUCCUCAUCAAAGUCCUCCUAAAAAUACCUCUACAUUACUGUGAGAUAAUUGAGUCCUAUUGUCCUAAACAUAACCACUCAGAAUAUCCUAUGACCGAUAAUAAUUAACACCAAAGCUUACCUUAAAGUGGGAGAGAAAAUACAUCCUUUUAUCAUCACACAUAGAGGGGAAUCUCUACUAAACAUUUUUCAAUAUUUAAUGUUAAAGCAUCUAAAAGUAUUUCAUUGUAGGAGAUAUAAGGAUAAAAAUACUUUUACACUCCAAAAUAUACCUAAUCCAUAUAAAAAAAUAUACCUCAAAACUAUAUACACUUAAGAAAUACCUAAACAAAGGGAGAGUAAAUAUCAGUUUCUAUGUGGAUUCAUAUGAUCACAUGGCAUCUAUACAUCAUCAGUGAGGAGCGCAAGACAUAAAAAUGCAAACUAAAAUACUACUUGCAUAUACCGGUGGUCCUCAUUUAGUGACCUACCUGUUUUACGACGGCUUGCACUUACGACCAGGCGUAAGUGCGAGAUGUCGUGGUGCACAUGUCUAUGUUCUGGGAAAUUUCCUCUAACAUAGACAAACACACGAGAGCAGGGAAUCCCUCUAAUCUAUGUUCGGAAAAUUUCCCCGAGCAUAGAUUAGAGGGAUUCCCUGCUCUGGUCAGUUCGUCUAUGUUUGGGGAAGUUUCCCCGACCAUAGACAGACGAACGCACCAGAGCAGGGAAUCCCCGAACUCCUCACUUACCGACCAAUUCGUUCUACGACCAUGUUGUAGGAACCUGGUCGGUAAGUGAGAAGUGUGAGUACUUUUUUCCUUUUGUUUUGAAGAACCUGCAGUGAUUGCAUGCACAAUUACACAUUGCAUCUAAAAUGUGGAAGCCUUACGUGACCUUUAACGUUGGCACUGGUUUCAUAAUGCUUAUUGUUAAUGAAUAUACCUAGCUAAUUGUGUGUAUGUUUAGCUUACCUCCUAUUUUGACACUUGGCCAAGUUAUAUUUAGCUUGAUAUGUUAAGGGUUAUUGCACAUUAACUUGUUCCCAGAUUGUUUGUCCUGUAAUGUUCUUUUUAACAAGCAUUGGGCAGCUGCAAGACCUUGGCUAAACAGCCAUGGUGUGUUUUGUUGGCUGUUUAUCUCAAAAUGUGUUUUAUUUUGCGUUGCAGUCAGCGUGUCAUCUAUUUAAUUUUUUUGAUAGUUUAUUUAGUAUGUGUAACAGAUCCCCUAAACUCUGACUGAGUAUAUCUGCUAUAAUUCUCCCAAGUCCCAAGUGAAGCAGUGAUUAUAGGUCUGACAUACCCAAACAUUAGCGUAGACUUGAUGAAGGGUACAGGAAGACUGACUUUAUUAUGGCUCAGUGAAUACAGUAAAACAUGCCCCUUAAUUUCUGUGUCAGAAUGACUAAGCAUAAAACAUAAAAAGGCCCCAAAACAUCAUAAAAAUAUAAACCCACAAAAUUUACAUCCUUAAAUUGCCCUGAUCUGAACGCCAAAGUUCUCCAAAAAGCGCUCAGAUCCAUGCAGUAUAGGGGAAAUCCCACCAUGUGAACGUUCUUAUCGGCUGCGCACAUGGUCCUAUGCCCAAAACAAUUACAGGGCGUUUGUUGCUUUGGACGGUCAACUUUUGGGAGCUCCUCUGGCCGCAAUACGGGGUGCUCUGCCUAGGUGUCGGCUAGCGUGCUUCCCCCUUGAUCUCAGACACCUUCCCUCCAAAAAGCGCACUCCUGACAGAUUUCAAAGUCAUUCAAAACUCCAGACCAAGUUGUCUGGGAGCCACACGGCUACCUAAUACCAAAAACAGUUCCAUAACUAUUGCGACGAAGUACGACUGAAGCCAAUUUGUGCCUUUCUUCAUGCUAAUGGCCACCAGGAUACUAGUGUUUGAUUCCAUUCGAAUGAAGGGAAAGUGCCAAACCAAGGGCACCCAGGGAAAGCUGCUAAUGGCGGCUGGGGAGAUUUAACUCCUGAACAGGGUCUUUGUAAGUGGCCCAUAGUCCUUGGGCAAGAGGCUAGCUAGCAGGCUCCUGCAGGAGUUUGUGGCAAACGUCCCGGGUAAGGAGCGUUUCACAGUAUCGAUUUAGAACAGCAUGACAGUGAAGCAUUGGUGCUGCGGGUGGGGGCUAUUGUUUUCACUGUGAAUGCUAUAUUAUUUUAAACAACAAAUUAUCAGAAACAGAUUUUUUUUUUUUUUUUUUUUUAAAUAUAUGGAAUGGAUCAACACUUUGUGAUUUUAGAAUCUGGACUGCUGGUUACUAUUAUAACUGAUAGUGUUGUUGUAAACCUGUUCGCAACCUCAGCCCUGGUCCUUAUUAGUUGAAGCACUUCAAAGUGUAACACACACACCACAGGUUUGUUAGAAACAUCGUUUUGCACUUUAAAGAAAGCACUGCAUGAAAAUCAGUCUUCCUGUUUUAUAUAAGCUAUCUAAUCUAUCUCACCAUGAUGAGACUUACCAUGAGGGUUAGACAAUGUGCUAACUUUUUUUGUUUGCUUACUUUCAAGUAUCAUCGAGCAGACCUAUACAACUGCAGAGUUUGUGAGCCAGUCUAUUGACAUAAAUGAACCUAUUGGAAAUCUCAAAAAGUUGCUGGAGCCCAGACUUCAGUGUUCACUUGACGCCCAUGAAAUCUGCCUUCAAGACAUCCAGGUAUGAGUCAUAAUUUGCUUUUGAAAUAUUUUUAUACCUAGAGUAUUCAAAAUAAUUUCUCAGGUUCCUUUAAUUAGCUCAUUAUGAAAGAAUAUUUAUAUGGUUUUAAAUGAUUUGGUAAAACUCAAACAUGUGAAGUAUAGUUAUUUUUUAACCUCUUUAGACCUGCCAGAGUAAAAGUUGCCCUGCGAUUGAAUAUAAUUGUGAAGACUGAAUUUGUAUAAUGGAAUGGAUUUAAAGCAACACUCGUUAUGAAUACAAACCUGUAUUCAUAACGUUAUCAUAUUCCCCUACCUAUAUAGAUGUCUACCUCCCUUUGCAGGGUUUUGAAAGGUAAGUUUACUUACCUUACAUUAGGGGUUCUUAAAAGGUAGAUCCCCACAUGUUGUAGAACUACAACUCCCAUGAUGAUUUGCAUGCGUUUAGAAUGACAACGCGUCAUGGAAGCUGUAGUUUUAAAACAUCUGGGGAUCUACCUUUUGGGCACCCCUGCCUUAGAUUUUCCAUGCGGCUGGUCGAUCUCCCUGGACGAGAUCAUCACAGUUGAUGAUCUCAGACAAUCUAGUGGGGGGCUAGUGCGCAUGUGCAGCAAAAUCCACUGUGAGGCUAGUGCGCAUUCCCAGCAAAACACAGAACCACUCAAAUUCUCUCUACGAGAGUCACUUGAUCUAUAAGUUUCGCUUUUAUAGCUGUGAAAGCGCCUCUAGUGAUGUCUUCCUUUUUGUCUGUAAAGACAUGUUAACCCAGCAAAAUGGCAAUGUAUUAAUUUUCAGGGUUAGAAUAACAGUGACAUGACACCCAGACUAUUCCAUUGAGGUGAAGUGGUCGGGGUUCCUAUAUGAGUCCCUUUUAAGUUUUACAAAGUAGAAAAAUGUAUGGUAACUCCAUAGAGGGCUAGUUUCAUCACACCAAUUGUUAAAUGUAAGGGGACUCUCGAAGCAUUAGAACUACUUUUUAACUUAAUUUAGAAACUUUGGUGUAUAGAUCAUGUCCCUGCAGUCUCACUACUCAAUUCUAUGCCAUUUUAACCUUCACUUGCUAUUACUCACACAGCCCCUACACACCAUGCAAAAGAGCUCAACCUUUUAAACUCCCUUUAUUGAACUGAUAAUGUGUUUAAAUUAUCUACUGUUAUGUUAAUUGCUUGCAUCAGCCUCCUGUGUCAUUAAAUGUCAAUUAGAUAAGCAGGAGAUGACCUCUAAACCCACUCUACUGUAAAAUUAAAAGAAAGAUUUUUCAUAGAAGCUGUGUGAGUCAAAACCAGGACUGCAUAAACAGUGAUUUAACUCCUAAAUGGCUAGAAAUUAGGAGUAUUCCUGACCCUGAUCUCGGCCAAUCACAAUGCUCUCCCAUAGGAAAGCAUUGAAUUGGCUUAGAUUGUCAAUUCUGAUUAUCGCAGCCAAGAAAGCAGGAUGGGGCAGAGCCAAACACCACCCUGGCCAGUCAUUAUCUCCUUAUAGAGAUGCCUUGAAUUAAUGCAUCUCUAUGAGGAAAGUUCCAUGUCUCCACGCAUAGGGUGGAAAUACUGAAUGUCAGUGCUGUGGCACUGCCCAGGAAGCACUCUAGUAGCCAUCUGAAGAGUGGCCACUGGAGGUGUCCCUAGACUGUAAUGUAAACACUGCCUUUUCUCUGAAAAGACUGUUAUUACUGCAAAAAGCCUGCAGGGACAUGCUGUACCAGCCAGAACAACUACAUUAAGCUGUAGUUGUUCUGGUGACUAUAGUCACUUUAACUCCAGCUCUAGUGGCUGUCUACCAGACUGUUGCGCAUGUGCAAUAGGUUUCCUUUGUAGUUGGAAUCAGGCAAAUGAUAGAAGUGGGGGUGGGGGGGGAGGGAGGUGACAAAGGGGUGCACUAUAGAUGUCAAAUUCCCUUGUAUAAAUACCCUGUUUUACAUAAAUAUAUACUUUUUAUGUUUUGCAGUUUUGUUUUCUGUGAUGGCUAUUAAACUUAAACAAAAUAACAAAUUGUACUUCGUGACCUGUGACUACCAAAUAUUAUUACUGAAAUAUUUGACAUAUGAUGUACACUGUAAAUUAGGACAAAUUUAAUUUUAUUUUGAAUUACUUUUCUUAAGCUGCACUUAUAAUGCACAAAUUAUUGACAAAACUGAAGUUUUUUUGUUUUUUAUUAUAGAGAAUUUUGUAACACCCUUUUUGUCCUUAAGAAAACAACAAAGCUUUUAAACAAACCAAAAUAAAUGCCAGCAAAAUUUUAAAAAGUAUGUUAUAAACGUUUAUAAAUGUAUUAUAAACUUGGUCAGAUUGCAUUGUUGGGCACACCACAUAGCUAGGAGGGUUUCUUCAGCCCCCACUUUUUCCCACCCACUAAUCCAGUCCAGACCAAUCCACUAAUAUAAAUAGGACACCAUUGUGUAGCAGCAGUAAAAUUCACAUUCUUCCUGCACUUACCAACACAACAGGGAGCGAUAAACCAGACACAGGAGCCUACUGUGCAUGAAUCACACUGAUCAAAUUCAACCUCUACUCCACCUAUCAGUAUUUUUUAACCCCUUAAGGACCAAACUUCUGGAAUAAAAGGGAAUCAUGACAGGUCAUGUGUCCUUAAGGGAACAGAAUUCAUAGGAAUAGGUAACUGGUUAGAUCAGUGUCCCCCUCAUAGAGUGGUUGUGGACAACAUGAGAGAAGCUUUUAAAUGACAGAGUUGUCUCAAUGUUAUACAAGUCCCUUUUUAGUACAAAACAAACAAACUGAAGCUUGGUUAUUACGGGCAUAUACAACUACUGCAAGACCUCAUCGUCUUCCUAGUGCAGGCUUUUUAAGGCUGUUCAGUCAUAGCCUUAUAGGUCAUUCAGAAGUCUUUGCAAGGCAAGUACUCUGGAUAGCUGCCUGCCUCUAGAGUUUAGCUCCACAGAGCCAAAUUACUGGUAUUAGUGUUGUGGUAAACCGUGUUCAGAUAAAUGGCUUAAAUAUUCUGUAUGCAACUUUUUUCUAUGACAUGUCAUUGUUUUUGAUUGUAUAUUAAGCUUUAUAUUUUUUGUUUUUAUUUGUUUUAAUAGCUUGAUCCUGAGCGAAGCUUAUUUGACCAAGGAGUAAAAACAGAUGGAUCAGUACAGUUAAGCGUGCAAGUAAUAUCCCAGCAAGGUUUGUACUCUGCCCCUAAAUAGUCUGAUACAUUCAGUAGUUAUAUUUUACUUGGUGGACAUGCAUUUGUUAGGGUCAUGACAAACUUAAAUAUCCUCCAAUUCCAAAUCCCUAAUUUUACUUUGCUUUAUCAUGUGAGAUAUCAGUCCAAAAGACCAUGGAAAGAUCUUGUAAAAAUUACUUGGCUACCUUUAAGUCCACUGUAAUCUAUGCAAUUGUGUUUGUGUUGUCUAUAAUGACAGAUCAGGGUUUGAAAGGAAAUGUAUCAGAAUAUCAGUGGGUGGGUUAUGAAGUUCAAAAAUCCUCUAACUUUUAUGAUCCAACACAAUACACUUUGUUGACUUUUUCUUUUCAGGACUAGAGCCAAAGUUAAAUAUAAUUGAAAUCGUAAAGCCAGUGGAGACUGUUGAGGUGGUGAUUGAUCCAGAUGCCCAUCAUGGUGCUGUUGAAGCCCAGUUGGUGGAGGAAUCACAUGUGAUAACCCUGGAUGGCACAAAACACAUAACAACCAUUUCAGAUGAAACAUCAGAACAAGUGACCCGGUGGGCAGCAGCAUUAGAAGGCUACAGAAAGGAACAAGAACGUUUAGGGAUACCAUACGGUAAAAUAGCUACACUGACUUCAAAACAUCCUCUCCCCUUACCUUUUCUCAGCUGAUUUAGAUUUUUUUUUAGUUCUAGUUGGUUCUUGUUCUAGUAACUGUGCAUUCUUAAAAGAGAAAUGAUAAAUAAGGGGAAGAUGAGCUUUUUUUAUACUGCAUUUCAAAGUAUUGAAUAAGAGACUACAAAAUAGCCUUCUUGUUUCUGAGCCUCACAAGCUCUUUUAGAAUGUUAUCAGCCACUGUGUUUGUGUUGCUCUCACUUAGUAAAGCUGCAGAGGUGGCUCUUCAGUACAGUAAUUUGAAACUCACUGUAUUAUCUCCAGAAUAGAAGUGUGAGGAUGUCAUUUUUGUAUUCAUUUAAUUAUUUAGUAUCAGUUGGCAUUGCUCUGUUUUCUUCUGUAAUGUAAUAUUUUGUUUUUCAGAUCCACUACAGUGGUCUACAGACCAAGUCCUUCACUGGGUCCUAUGGGUAAUGAAAGAGUUUUGCAUGACUGACAUAAAUUUGAAUGCUAUUGGUAUCCCUGGAAGAGACUUGUGUAAUCUUAGCCAAGAAGAUUUCUUCCAAAGAGUUCCCAGGGGGGAGAUUUUAUGGAGUCAUUUGGAGCUACUUAGAAAGUGUAAGAUACAGCUUUAAGAUUGUAAUACAUAUAUUAUGAAAAAUUAUUUGAUUAAAAAAUUUUUUUAUUUUAAUACAUUGCUUAAUAAAUGUGGUGCAGUUCGUGUGUAAACCUUUAACCAUUUAAAUUACUAAACCUAUAUUGCUGAUUUGCAGCAAUCACACUUAUUAUUUAAGGGACACUAUAGUCAACAGAACAACUACAGCUUGUUGCAUUUGUUCUGGUGACUAGAAUCAUUACCUUCAGGCUUUUUGCAAUAAACACUAUCUUUAAAAAAUAAUGCAGUGUUUACAUUACAGCCUAGUGAUAACAUCACUGGCCACUCUUCAGAUGGCUGCUAGAGAUGCUUCCUGAGGCAGUGCUGCACAGUGUCUCCACCCUAUGCAUGCAGACACUGAACUUUCCUCAUAUAGAUGCAUUGAUUCAAUAAAUCUCUAUAAGGAGAUGCAGAUUGGCCUGGGCUGUGUUUGUCUCUGCCCCGAUCUGCCUCUUUGACACUGAGCCAAUACAAUGGGAAAGCAUUGUGUUUGGCUCAGAGAAUUACUUUUGAUAAUGUCAGCCAGGCAGGUCAGGGGCAGAGACAGCAGCUGCAAACUUACUAAAGUAAGAUUUUACUAUACUUAUGGAGAUGGGGCGGGGGAUUUGACACUAUAUGGUCAGGAAUACAUGUUUGUGUUAUUGGCCCUAUUGUGUUCCUUUAAACAGAUGCAGAUACUCUGCACACUUUACAUUCUUUUUCUGUUGUACAUAACAUACAAACCUCAAUUUUCUGUUUGGCUUCUUUUCAUCAGAAAAAAAAAAUAUUUCAUGUUUGUUUUUAAGUAACUGUAAGGAAAAUAGUUAAAAAUACAUUGGUGAAUAGUUUUGGCAGUUUUAAUUUUCAUACAUGCCAGAACUUGCAUGUCUGAUAUAAGGAUAAUAGCUCUUGUGUAAUGUUAUUAAUAUUGUUAUUGUACAUAAAUUUAACCUCUUAAGGGACCAUUAUUUUUGGCACUUUUUAUAUGAGUUCAUUGUACCACAGUUAUAUCAUUUUUUUUAUUUUUAUUUUUCAAAGAGGAAAUAAGGCUUUCUUUUGACACUCCAUAAAGCCCUGCUGUCAUACAGUCCUUAUGGGGUUAAAAUGUAUUCCCAUUAGUCCUUUCUAGUGUCCUCUCCAAGUCAAUUUAUAUAGUUUAAUCUUUUAUUGUAAGGAAUGAUCUGACAAUAAAGGUUCUCUGAAAUAACCCAAGGACAUCAUCAUCCAUUAUUUGUUAUUAGGGAAUGCAGAAAAGGAGAUCUCCACAAGUUAUCUUUUAGAAGGUGAUCCUUUGUCUGCUGUGUAGAUGACACUAAGCUGAUGUAUAUACUCAUUUGUCAAUUAAGUGUGGUCAGAUGAAAGAUGAAUUUAAGUAAAUGGAAACAGAAAAAAUUACAUUUCACACUCCAAAAUAAGACUGCGUCGUUUUGAUAGAGUACAUUUUUUAAACAGUUGUUGGCAGCUGUUAGCUGUUUAUUGGGUGUGUGUGCAUAUAUAUUUUAUUUUUCACCUUUAAAUAUGUGGUUCUUUUCUAAAGUCACUCAGUAAUACAUGCAAAUUAAUUUGCUUCCAUGCGGCAGAUAUAUUUUGCUGACCUUUAUAAGCAUGCAUGUUAACCUGUCAAUAGAGAAAGUAUAGAAAAUGUUUGUAACUUUAAAUCUUAACUACUUAAAGAGCUAAAUGCGCACACUGACCAUUCUAUUACUAAAGACAAAUGCCUGUUUACAAAACUUUUUUUUUCCCCGCCCCCCAGAUGUUUUGGCUUCCCAAGAACAUGGAGGUGAAAUCGCUACAGUUACCAUCGAUCAACGUACGUUUGUUAACAUUGUCCUUGGUUUAUCAAGUUAGCAAAUGGAGGUAUAUAGAAUUAAUUUGGCAGGAAAUGCUGGUUCUACCAUUCAUUUUCACAUGAUUGGCUUUUGUAUUUCCACGAAACACGGUCUUCUUUAAAAUGCUUACUAGCACUGGUAGAACUUUAGUGUGUAAGUAUCGAGUCUCAACGUGGAUUUUAUGCUCGGUGAGCCAAGGUAGGCCACAUACACUUUCUCCUCCUAGAACAUGAAAUUUCAACUUUGUCUUUUAGAUUCAGGAUUUGUGACAGUUUCUUGAGGCUAGAAGUUAUUCCUCAGUGUUAAACUAGAGACAUUAUUGGAAUCUCUUUAAUAAUAAUGACUCUGUACUAUGCAUUUUUAGUUUUAUAUUUAAAGUUCUAAACUUUGCAUUUUAGUGUAAUUGCAUUGUUUGUUUUUAUUUUUGUCCUGUAAAGCUAGAGCGCAUUAGUGCACUUAUUAACAGCAGCCAACAAUCAUGAUUAUGCAGGGUUAAACCAUGCUUUAUGUAAACAAAAAUAUAUUUUGUAUGCCAGAAUUUUCUUUGUUUCUAUGUUUAUUCAUGAGAAGAUCAAUUUAACAAUGAAUGAAGUUAUUGAAUGAUGUAUAAUUGAAAAAAAUGGUAUGGGUUCACUGUAGUGAUUUACUUUUAAUUUAUUUUAAGUAUUUGCUGCCAGAUAUCUAGUGAAAGGUAGUAAUAUUGUAUAUGAUAUAUUUCAAAAUUAUUUCCUGCAGCUGUACAAAUUAUACCAGCAUCAAUCCAGCAAGCUACUCCCACAACUAUUAAAGUAAUAAAUAGUCAGCCUAAGGUUUCAAAAAUUCAGCGGGCGCCACGGAUUUCUGGAGAAGACAGAAGCUCACCUGGAAACCGGACAGGUAAAUUCCCCCCACAUCUCUGUGAUUACUAUAUUGCAUAAGCCUUACUUUGGGGAGGUUUAUAGGCUUGAAAUCUGUCUGCAUUUUUGGCAUGACUGGAUUGAUGUACAUCUUGGUUGGUAGCAGGGUGGGUUUAAUUCAAAGGAAACCUGUAAGCACAUCUCAAUGAACCCUUUAAUAGGUUGGUCACUCAUGUCUGGAGAGCAACUUAAAUUAAAGGUGUUUGUCUGUAGAUUAACAAAGGGAUUAAAGUUUUUUUCUGAUCUUUUUUGUAUGUUUACUACAUGACAUUUUUGCUGAGAAAGUAAGUGCAUGUUAUCUCUGUAAAAAACGGUUCAAAUAAUUCCUUAACAAUGUUAGGACAAAAUAGUACAUCCGAACAUAAUGGUGUGAGUAGGUUUAAAUCCCUACUCACACCAGGAGACACAGGUAUCAGUCACUAUGUGGGUCUCACUAUAGCACUUUAUUACCCCAAAUUUUAGGAUAAAGGAAUCCUGUGUCCUAUAUUCCCAAAAAUACUCUGUGUAUAAGUUUUCUUUUAUUUUUAGUGUAUGUUCUUUAAAAAAAUAAAUAAUUUAAGCAUUUUUUUCCCCCUCCAUUUUAUUUAUAGUCUUUGGGUACAUUUUGGUGUGAGAAUAAACAUUCUUACACUGUUUUUGUCUGGCAUUAAAAAUUCUACCUAAGGCUUUAUAGCAUUGCUCUUUUUCUUCAAAACAUCCUACCAUAAUAUUUUUUUGUUAGCUCAAAAAAACCUUAAAGGAAUACAAAAAUCUAUUCCAAACACUAUAGUAUUUUUGUUUCCUUUUUUGUACUAUAGGUGUGCAUUAAAAACCCUUUGAAUCAGUGCUUUCCUAUUGGGAAUUUGAGGCCGCCAGAUGUCCUCUUGCAAAGUGUAAGGACACCAACAUAGUUUUUACAUUACAAUACAGAGAUUGCUACAGUGUUUUGCAUUCAGGGUUAAGGGAACAGGGACAUUUCACCCAGACCACGUUAAUGGUUGUUUGAGUGCUUGUAUUGUCCAUUUAACUUGGUGCAAAUUUAAGUUUAGCUCAAGCAAUUUGCACUAUGGGACACUAGGUAGGUUUGCUAGAUUUCCUUUCAUUUUUUUUUUUUUUUUUUAAAAGGAAAUAAUGGGCAGAUCCAGCUCUGGCAGUUCCUCCUUGAGCUUCUCACUGAUAAAGAUGCAAGGGAUUGUAUUUCCUGGGUUGGAGAUGAAGGUGAAUUCAAAUUAAAUCAACCAGAGCUCGUGGCACAGAAAUGGGGACAGCGUAAAAAUAAACCCACCAUGAACUAUGAGAAGCUCAGCCGUGCUUUGCGGUAAGUUGUUUUUUUUUUUUUGGUUUUGUUUUUGUUUUUUUUUAUUUUAUUCGCUAUGGUAAAUAUGCAAAAAUGUUCAGAUGUGUAUUAUAGCUCCAUGGUUGGCAACAGUAAUUGAGCAUUCAUGUCGGACAAGUCUAAAGAAAUGUUGUCUCUUAUGCAAUUCUUUAAAUUUUUCUAGUAAUUAAACUACAUUCCCCAGGAAUAUUUUUCAAGAAUGAGUGCUCAGCUCAGACAUUUACAUUGUUAGUCAAGUGAGAUUUGACAGGAAAUCAAACUGAAAUUUAAAUUUGAAAUAGGUGUACUUGAUAAACUCCUGUCAGCUAUGCUUGUUUGAAAUUCACUUUGAAUUUCUGACUAUUCUCUCUUUAAUGAAUAACCUUUUUAAUCAUCCUUUUUAUUUGCAAAAAGGCAAAAUGUAUAACUGACCUAAACUAGCGUAUCCUAGCACUCUGCUGAAUGACAGGUUCUCCACAACACACAACCUUUAUUUAGCCUUCUAUAAUCUAUAUAAUAAUGAGCAUGCAAAAUGCAGAUCGUUAUUUAGGCCAAAGGUUCUGAAUCUACAAAUGUUCUUGGUACACAAAAAGUGUCCCUUUUUAGUUUUCACAAGAUUACAUAUUUACUCAAUAUUUUCUAUCCUGUUGAAGCAAAUUAUAGAAUUGCUAUAUAUAUUUUCCAGUCUGUAUUAUCAAGCUAGAUAUUUACAUGUAUUUCUUUCUUGUAGCUACUACUAUGAUGGGGACAUGAUCUGUAAAGUUCAAGGCAAGAGAUUUGUUUAUAAGUUUGUUUGCGACUUGAAGACUCUUAUUGGCUAUAGUGCAGCAGAACUGAGUAGGUUGGUUUCGGAAUGUGAACAGAAGAAAAUGGCAAAGAUGCAGAUACAUGGUCUUGGACAGCCAAUCACAGCCGUAGCGUUGGCUACUGCAUCACUCAAGGCAGAAAAUGACAACUAG